UGGGCGUGAGGCGAGAAACGCGCGGGGCGCUCCAGCGACAACAACAACAAGACAACAACAACAAGGCAACGACAACAACAACAAGACAAACAACGAGAAGCCACAGCGAGAUGCGAGCGCGGCGGUGGCUGGCGCGGUCGCGUUAGGAGGAGGAGGCGCCGGCGAUGGGCGAGGAGGCGCCGCCGCCUCCGCCGCUGUGGGCCGCGCAGCCCGGCGCCGUGGCGGGCCUCCUGUACAGCGGCGCGCGCUUCCGCGGGCAGCAGAAGAGCAAGGGCAAGUCGUACGACGUGGAGGUCGUGCUGCAGCACGUGGACAUGGAGAGCGCCUUCCUGUGCGGCUACCUCAAGAUCAAGGGGUUGACGGAGGAGUACCCGGAGCUGACGACGUUUUUUGACGGUGAAAUAAUCAGCCCAAAGCGCCCGUUCCUCACAAGGAAGUGGGAUGCCGAUGAGGACGUGGAUCGCAAGCACUGGGGAAAGUUUCUUUCUUUCUACCAGUUUGCCAAAGUGUUCAACUCGGACGAUUUCGACUACCAGGAGCUUCAGAUUAGCGACUUUGUCUUCAUGCGAUGGAAGGAACACUUCCUGGUACCGGACCACACAAUCCGGGACAUCAACGGGGCAUCGUUUGCUGGCUUCUAUUACAUCUGUUUACAGAAAUCCACCGCCUCCAUCGAGGGAUACUACUUCCACAAGAGUUCAGAGUGGUACCAAUCUCUGAACCUGACUCACGUGCCGGAGCGCAGCAUCGCCAUCUACAUGUUCCGGUAGCAGAGGAGGACGCCGCUGACCCUCUCGGGUACUCGCGUGCCGUGCCACGCAGUCCAGCGGGCAAAUGGGUCGGGCAGGACCCCCCCCCCCCACUGAGAGCGCGCGGGUGGCACCGUGCCCACCACCCGUCCUUGCUCGCUUCCAGGAAUUAAGUGCUCCCCCUCCGAUGAGACUCCUGUCGAAUGAACGACUGAUGAGGGAGCGGCGGAGUGGCUCCGAGUGGUGCUGAAGAGCGAGGAUAAAUCGAAGCCUUUGAACCCGACUCUCUGGGAGAGGUUUCCCUCAAUGUCAUGGCGACGUGCUGCAUGGAGACUGGCCUUUGGUGCUGUGCUACGUGCGUGCGUUGGCGUGUGUUCUCUGAUGAGAAGUGGGCAAUAAUUUAAAAGGCCUUUAACGUUUGUUAAAUCUUGGAUUCUUAUUUAAAUGAGUUUUGUCAGGCUGCACGAGAUUGUUUUGAAUACUAAAUGCUCAGGCUGAAUGACGAUGCGCCCCAAUCCUCUGGUGCUGGCUUUUAUCUGCAACGCUACCAACCCCCUCAUGGUGGAACUUGGGGCUGUAGGGGUCUUUUCAAGCAAGAGUGAGACCUCUGGGGCCCACGAAGGAAUGGAAGCGUACUUUUUGUACCCAACCAUUUCAGGACUGUUGAGUGCGUCAUCCCCAAACCGUGCUGGAUUUGACCAUUGAGGGUAACUGGCUCCUUGUGGAAUUGUUUACAGUGGUCCUCGGUUGUGGCAUCUUCUCUGUCGCGCGACAACCUCGUGCGAUACGUCCACUCAUAACCCACGCGCCGCAGCUGUCCGCAUUCACCUUGCCGUGGCUUGGCUGGGCGCAUGCCCUACCCCAUAGGGCACCCUUGGCGAGCUGGUGGUUACAGAGUGGAGUGGUGGGCGGGCUUGUCGCGUGACAUGUUGCUGCAGGGAGAGUGUAACGGGAGAGCCGUGCCAUUUUGAGUUGAAGCAGGCUCCCUGUAACCCCAGGGGCUGGGCGUGUACGUGUAGCAAGCGGGUUUCAUUUAUUGCAGGUCUUAUAACCACCCCCUACCACCCCACAUGCCAGUUGUGUCCAAUCUCCUAAUCGGCAAUUGGCUGUUUAAUGCAAGAACUUAUUUUGGAGACACGGCCUUAGGGCAUCGCUAACAAACCCCUAGAAGGUGGCUCUGAUGGAAAUUGUGAGCCGACCCGUGGAGAAUUGUCAUGCUGUGCGUACAUCUCCCUGCAGUGUGUUCGCAAGGGAAGAUAAAGUAAUGGAGCUGCGGUGGAUACCAGAAUAGUGCGGAUGCACCCUGUCGCCGCAGCAGUGUUCUUACUUGCACCCAACACCUGCGGCGUGCACCGCUUUCGUUCGAGGUGCUUUUGCCGCUCGUGCCAUUUAUUUGCGAAUGCAAAAUGAGGAGAGAUAGAAUCUCGCGUUGGGUGACAAAUUUCGAAAAAUUUCGUAAAUGACUGAGACUCGCGUAAAACGCCACUCAGAGUGGAUGCGUGUGGCUGAAUUCACGGUGAGUUUUACUUUUUAUUCGAGCAAAGAAUUAAAUGAUCCCUCUGUGAAUGGUAACCAUGCCUAACGGCUGAUGGAAGCAAGGACAUUGAAACAACAGUCAUUUAGAACCUAAAGACAAACAUUGCCUAAGGGGUUUAAACAGAACAAAUCUUUGCAUUUGUAAUCAUUAUCCUCGGGCAGUGUGGCUUUUAUUAGGCGGUAGUUAUUUCUUGUUUCGGCCAACAUUGCUCGUAAUUUCUCCCUCAAAUAACACCAAGAAUGCAUAUUGUGGCAGUGAGCAGGUUGAUUCACGACCAUGAUUGCACCUGUUUGGCUGAUCGUAAGUUUUUGAUUGAACAAGAAAUGUGAAUGUGGAUCGGAGGGCUCUGGGUCGAGUACGCAGGUUUGUUGGGCUGUCAUCGGUAUCCCAAAAAACUCAGUUGACCGUGGGCUGAGCACAUUGCGUAACGCCCGUGAAUGUGUCAUUGUGUGCAUGUCAACCAUGAGAUUCUGAACAGCUUGUUACAGAUACUCUGUGUAUAUUUGUAUGAUUUUUUUACUCGAGUGAGAAAACAGGGAUCCCUCGAUUUAGGAAAGCAGUGCGUUCUUAAAAAAAAACGCUAAAACUACAUUUCGUAAAUCGGAAUGGCUUUUCCCAUUAAUUUAAUACUCAAGAUUAGGCAUGUGUUUCGGACAGUCAUUCCAGCCCUACUCUUAGCCUAAAAAUAUACACGACCUAUAUCACUAAUAAAGGACAUACAUAUUAAAACGAUUGAAUAAUAUUCUUGAAUAAUAAUUAAAAAAAAAUAAUUAACCUCUCGCCAAAAGAUGACCGGCGAGGCGCUGUGGAGGCGUUGCUGCCGCUGCUGCUGCCGCUGCUGCUGCCGCCGCCGCUGCUGCUGCCGCCGCUGCUGCUGCCGCACCGCAGGCGCACCGUGACGCUGCCGCGGGUCGAUGACGACGCAGCAUGCCACGUCGCUUCUCUUUUGAUCUCACGGCGAGCGCCGUAGUGAAAUUCCAUUCAAUAAUUUGGCAAUUGCAUUCACACAAAAUUUCGUAAAGAUACCGUUCGUAAAUCGAGGGAUGGCUCUCCUGGAACUCAACGUUAUCUUCAUAUGCAUUACAGUCAACACUUGGGCUUUGGCUUUCAAACACUGCUUUUCAAAAAACCAUGUUUUUCUUGGACUUCAUCACAAUGUUCCAAGUUUUAUCAUUUUGGUAACUCGUGGACAUUUCAUCGGCCGCAUGAUUAUUGCGCGCGCACGUGUACGAGAUUUGAAAAAAUAUAUAUAUUGGGUGGUGAUUCUGUUAUGUUAUUUUUUAUGGGAUAAGUAAUGUUUGUCAGUGGUAAUUGAGUGGCAUGUCACAAUGCUGCUAGAUAACAAUGACACUGUCAUCUUACUCACGAAGAGUGCAUCGGUUUCCAAACACGAGGAAAGCCGAGCAUGCAUUCUAUAACUUACCUCGGGAUUUUGGUGACGAUCAAAUGGAACAUUGCGCUGCAGUCCUGUAGUCAAGCCUUCGUUUGCAGUUUAUUCUUAUACAUUUUUGUGCUUGCUCUGCGUAUAUUUAUUUUGGGGCCUAUGUGCAAAAGAAAUGUAUUUAUUUUGCUUAUAAUGCACUUGGUUUUGCUUGUCUGGAACAUUUAAAGUAUAAUGAUGGCAAAUGGAAGAGUGUCCGCCAAAAGCUAGCAACAUGCUAGAGAAAGUCAGAUCAACCGUGGAUUGGUGACGAACCAAAAACAACAUUGGCAGGUGGAAGUUAUCGUUCUAAGAUGGUCCAAGAAGUGUGGCUGUGAACUGGGUGUUCUAAUGAAAUCGGUUACCUAGAAGUGCAGAGGUCCACUAUUGGGAAAGGGUACACGGGUAGAUUGUGUUCUCAACAUCAGGUGAGUGGGUAUAUGUACUGUGCCAUAAAAAUUGGAACAAAUUUAAACAUUGAAAACUGAACUCCCGAAAUUUUAAAUGUAAACUGUGCAAAGCGAUGAUGGCUUAUUGUUAGCUGGGUUUCCACGCUGUGCAGAUUAUAAAUUACGUUGACAGCCGUAAUUGGAAAUAACGAGGUUUAGUUCAGACAAUGGAUGUAACAGGCACCACGCCCCUGAAUGAGUGGUGUUUGAAGGACACGCGUACGUGGAAUCCCUGUGAAGUGAAUCUUUGGCGUCUUAUGAUUGGUAAUCUUUAAAAAAAUAUACAGUAUAUGGGCAGUGUUGCGGACUGACAACGCAGUUGUGGUGCUGCAAAGUGACUUGCAUUGCAUUCAGUUACCUCAAAUGGGAACGCUGCUCUCGCGAGCUUUGCAGGAACAGUAUUGGCUCGGUGUGCCAUGUAUCGGACGAGGUAACUACCCUCCUUGCUCGGUGACAGCAGGAGCCCGGUCUGCACGUGCUGGUGCAUUCAUGUUCGGACUGUGCCAUACAAUUGUGAAGAGUUGACUGCUGCAGCUUUGAUACAUUUCUAGAUGUUUGUUUUUGUGCACAUUGGGUAAAUGCUGCACGUAUCCCUAGUUUCCAUACUCAUCACUACCAUCACACUACAGCCUUCUUUGUCCAACAUGCAAUUCUCUGAAAAUGCAUUGUGCAGCGUUGGACUGUCAGUUCACAGUCGUUAUGGGCACAUAAAAAAAAUCAAAGUUACUUGUGAAUUCAGUAAAAGAAGUGAAUUCCCAAAACAAAUUAUCAUGUGCAGCGCAUUGUGGUCUUUAUUAAUUAACAUAACAAUGGAAGUGAGCUGUGUGGAUGGAAAACACUCAUGGUUUCCAAUGUCGAGCACUCCGUUAAUCAGCCGCGCUCCGUUCCUCGGAGCUAACGAGCAUCUCCCAUGUCGCUUGUUUGAAGUGCCAGAUUGAUCAACAUUGGAUUUCCAUUGCAUUUGAUUUACUCUUGCUGUUUGAUGUCAAGACUGAGUUGCAUUCUACCGUGUGGGGUGAUUAAAACAUGCCGUAAAUAAUGUAUAAUUUAUUAAACAGCAUUGGCACUUUUUGCAAUAUUGAUACGUUUUAUGUGUUCAAUAUUUUGGGUGUUGAAAUGUAACAUGAAUGUGGAAAGCACUCCUGAUGAGCACACUAAUAAUGCUAUGUAUGUAACACUUUUUAUAUUUAUAUAUAAAUGUAUGCCUUGGGUAGUUGAGGUUGCAGUCCAUUGUAAAUGGUGAAUUCUGCAGUGGGGGUACUGACAUCUUUGCUAUAUAUAAAUUAUUAAAAUUUCCCCACCAUUUAUAUUCUUGAUAUACGGAGCGUGACGUUUUCGUUAUGACUACCAGGGAGGCGGAAUGGUAACGCAGUGAGAAUAUGAUGUUAAUUAAUUUGCUUUGCUAAUGUUACUUUCCUGCUUGAAUGGAAAAUGUCGCUGAUGUUUAUUAUUUUUUCACUGCCUGUAUCGAGCUUCACGCCACUUUUUGCAACAAUGUUAUUGUAACACGA